CGGCAGGGAUCGGGGUCGCAUCCAGAACAGGGCUGAUUUGGGGCCCGAGGCGCCGGGCGGCUCGCAGCGGCUCUCCCCUGGUGCCACCGCUCUGGCAGCGCAAACGAACCCUCCGUCAGCUGAGGCUCUGCACCAGCAGCAGCCAAAAUCCGCUUUUCCGCUCCCAAAUCCAGCAGCGCGGCGUUUAACCCCGAGCAAUGGCGCGUUGGGGCACAGCCCAGCAGAAGGGGCCGCUUGCGGCUGCCCCCGUGCUGGCAAGGGGGGCCCGGCAGCUACGCGCCAUCCCCGCACGUCCCUGCCCUCGGGGCGAGCUGCUGCCCCCCUCGCUGGGCUCGGAUCUGGGGGCGGUUUGCUCUCGCCCUGCUCAGAGGAUGUUUUCUGGCAGGGGGAAGGUCUCACGCCCCUUCCCCGGGCUGGUGCCAAGGACUCACCGCCCCGGGUGCACGCUGCGGGCUGUGCAGGGUGGGGGUCUCUGGGCUGCCCCCCAGCCCACGGAAAGGUGAAGGUGCUGGGGAUGGCACCGCAGCACCCCCGGGAGCCGAAAUAACGUGCUGUGCGAGCUGCUGCCUGGUCCCCAGGGGCACCCGGUGCUGGGGGCCGCCGUGGCCAUGCCGCAGCCCUCGCCCUGGCCGUGCCUGGUGCCCACCGCCCGGUGCCCAUCGCUUCUCCCCCCGCAGGUGCCAUGGCCGCCCCGUGAUGCCCCCUGGCAGGGCUGCCCCGUGACCAGCCCUCAUCCUGUCACAUCCCUCGGAGGCGACGCCGGAGCACCCGCAGCAGGACCUGCCCCGCGGCCACCGCCCUGUUUGAGCUGGCAGAGCUCGAGGAGGCUGCGCUCGGGGGCAGAGGCCGAGGCAGGUCCCGACACCAGCCCCGGAGCGCAUGAGGGUCUGUGUCAGUGCCCGGCAGCCAUGGCCUGCCAGCGGAGCACCAAGCUGAACCUGCUGCGCCUCGCCGUGCUGCUCGUCGUGGCCUUGGCCGGCAUCAAGUUCCUCUUCCGCGACAGCUUGACCCUGGAGCUGCACAAGCACGUCAGCAAGGACAGCGGGUUCUGGGGGGACACGGGUGACACCAGCCAGGGCGCCGGCCCCCGGAGCCAGGCUCUGGAGCUCCCCGUGGCAAAGAUAACGGCCCCGAGGCAGGGCCCUGGGCAGCAGGUCCCCAAGGACAUCAGUGCCACCGAGAUGAGGCUCGUCCACCUCGACCUCAAGGGAGCUGCGCCCAAGGUCUCCUACCUGGAGCAGCUCUUCCCACUCCUGUCCCGGCUGGGCGCCAACGGGGUCCUGAUCGAGUACGAGGACAUGUUCCCCUUCAAGGGCGAGCUAGAAGUCCUCAGGUCUCCGUACGCUUACAGCGAGGAGGACAUCGAGUGGAUCCAGCAGCUGGCGGAGCUGCACAAGCUGGAGGUGGUUCCCCUGGUGCAGACCUUCGGGCACGUGGAGUUCAUCCUCAAGCACGAGAAGUACCAGCGCCUGCGGGAGGUCGAGCGCUUCCCCAACAGCUUCAACCCCCACGUCCCGGACACGCUGGCGCUGCUCAAGAGCCUCCUGUCGCAGGUGAUGGAGAAGCACAGGCGCUCCUCCUGGAUCCACAUCGGGGCGGACGAGGUCUUCCACCUCGGGGAGGGGAUGGACUCCAAGAGCUGGAUGAGCCACAACAGGGGUGACGUGGGCACCAUGUACCUGAAGCACAUCAAGCAGGUGCUGGGCUUCAUCGCCGCGCGGUACCGGGGGCUGCGGGCGCUCAUGUGGGACGACAUGCUGAGGAAGAUCAGCGCGGGAGCCCUGCGGGAGUCUGGGAUAGCAAAGCACGUCUCACCUGUGGUGUGGUUCUACGCGCCCGACUUUGAGGUCGAGCAGAUCGGGCAGUUCCUGGCCAAGUACGCGGAGAGCGGCUUCGAGGCCGUGUGGUUCGCCAGCGCCUUCAAGGGCACCACGGGCCCGGCGCAGGCCUGGCCCCCGCUGAACCACCACGUGAGGAACCAGCUCAGCUGGCUGCGGGUGAUGCAGGCCGUGCCGCGCUUCGCCCCGCUGCGCUUCCAGGGCAUCGUCCUCACCGGCUGGCAGAGGUACGACCACUACUCGGUGCUCUGCGAGCUGCUGCCCGUCGGCAUCCCCUCCCUGGCCGCGUGCCUGCAGACCCUGGUGCACGGGGGCUUCAUGGAAGAGACGCGGAGGAAGGUCCUGAACGUGCUGGGCUUCCAGAGCAUGCAGCUGGAGCAGGGCACGUGUGAGGGAAGGGGAGCUUUCCCCGGCGUAGAAAUCUAUCACAUGGUGGAGCAGGUAAACGGCCACCUGAAGGAGAGCAUCCAGAAAGCCCUGGAGGAAGAGAGCGGCAUCAAGGGCUGGUUCAGCCCCUACCAUCGGAAGCACCAGUUUGGGAACCCGCGCAACAUGGAGAGCUUCGGCAGCAAGGUGCUCAAGCUCCACGAGGACUGGGAGAGCCUCGUCCGUGAGCUGCGUGCCCAGCUGGAGAGCAUCUACUUCCCCGACACGGUGGAGGAGUGGAUGGAGGAGAACGUCAACCCCUACCUGGACCAGCUGCGGGACCUGGUCCGGGACUACCGGGCCAUCAUCCGCCUCAACGCCCGGCCCAAGGCGUCCUAGGGGCUGCGCCCCCUGGCUCCAGCUGCCCCCCGGGACUGGGCUGCAGGAGCCCCAGUUGUGGUUUGGUUUGCUGGCUGCACCCCUCUUCUGCUCGAGGCAUGGCUGCUGGUUGUUUCGUACUGCACAGAGAGCUCCUGCGCGCCCCGCUCCCACAAUAAAGUAUUUUUGUA